UCUCUCCCCUACUCCCCGGUUGCGCCUCCUGCUCUUAAGCAGUAGCUCCGGGAUCCUGGAGGGAACCGGGGUCGACGGGUCGGGCGGGCCGGGGCUGCACCGGGGGUGGGGGUAGCCUAGGUGGUCCUGUGCCACUUGCCAUAGCUUCUUCGGAGGGUUCCUUCCGUCUCCCCCGCUGUCUUACAGCCCCCUCUCGGAAGCUUCCCUGGAUCCUACCCAACUCCACCCACUCCCCAGGCCCACCCUGGCGCAGUUAACUUUUCCUUCUCGGACCGCUCGGUUCUAUAAUGGAACGUCCCCAGCACUUGGAUCUUUGGGGUCUAGUUCGCGUCUUUUUGCGCUGAUUCGGGAGCCUUCCGAGGGCGGGGACCUUGGCUCGCCAUUGUAGGACCUGACACUUAGGAAAUGAAGUAGAAAAUCGGGACGAUGCAAAGCAGUGGAAUAGAAGUAGAACAUGGAUAUAUCCCUCCACUUCAUGUUUUAUCAUGCAGUAGGACUUGCUCUCUGGAAGCACAUAAAACAGCAAGAAGGAUCACUUUGUGCUCAACAUUGCCUAAAUAAUCUACUGCAAGGGGAAUAUUUUAGCCCUGUGGAAUUAUCUUCAAUUGCCCAUCAGCUAGAUGAAGAAGAAAGGAUGCGAAUGGCAGAAGGAGGAGUAACGAGUGAAGACUAUCGCACGUUUUUACAGCAGCCUUCUGGAAACAUGGAUGACAGUGGCUUUUUCUCUAUUCAAGUUAUAAGCAAUGCCCUGAAAGUUUGGGGUCUGGAACUAAUCCUGUUCAACAGUCCAGAGUAUCAGAGGCUCAGGAUUGAUCCUAUAAAUGAAAAAUCAUUUAUAUGCAAUUAUAAAGAACACUGGUUUACAGUUAGAAAAUUAGGAAAACAGUGGUUUAACUUGAAUUCUCUCUUGACGGGUCCAGAAUUAAUAUCAGAUACAUACCUUGCACUUUUCUUGGCUCAAUUACAACAGGAAGGUUAUUCUAUAUUUGUUGUUAAGGGUGAUCUGCCAGAUUGUGAAGCUGACCAACUUCUCCAGAUGAUCAGGGUCCAACAGAUGCAUCGACCAAAACUUAUUGGUGAAGAAUUAGCACAACUAAAAGAGCAGAGAGUCCUUAGAACAGACCUGGAACAAGUCCUAGAAGGAAAUGAUGGAUCGGGAAUGUUAGAUGAAGAUGAGGAGGAUUUACAGAGGGCUCUGGCACUAAGUCGUCAGGAAAUUGACAUGGAAGAUGAGGAAGCAGAUCUCCGCAGGGCUAUUCAGCUCAGUAUGCAAGGCAGUUCCAGAAAUAUAUCUCAAGAUGUUCCGCAGACAUCAGGUACAAAUCUUACAUUUGAAGAGCUGCGGAAAAGAAGAGAAGCCUACUUUGAAAAGCAGCAGCAGCAGCAGCAGCAGACAGAUACACCAGGACAGGCUUCACAGCCAUGUGAAAAACCGACCACAAGUUCAGGAGCACUUGGGAGUGAUCUAGCAGGUGGUUCUAUGAGUGAAGAAGACAUGCUUCAGGCAGCUGUGACCAUGUCUUUAGAAACUGUUACAAAUAACUUGAAAGCAGAAGGGAAAAAAUAGUGUCUUUUAAAGUCAUUUACAUAUUCAUACUUUCCAACAUUGUCCUUUGUGAUUACAGCAUAAGGUUCAUUUUGGUAAUGUAUCAAAGAGAACUUUGUUCAUCAAAGGAAAUGUUUAGGUGUCUUGCAGACAAAAUUAGAAAAGUAGAAAAUGUGUCAAUUGUAGGAAUAAAUAAUGAUCCUCCAAAAACUAGCCAAACAGGCAUUCAGCAAUUAAAGAAUUUUAAAUAGUCUUCUAAACUUUGGUUUUUCUUUUUUGAAUGUGCAAUACCUAAUGUGUCUAAAAUCAGGGCAUUUUUGUUGGCUCUUUUUGCAGACCACCUAAUUAGCUCUUGCCACGGAACUUGUCCAUAGGGUUUUUUUUUUUUUUUCUUCUGUUAUAAGUACUUUUGCUCACUUUCAACAUCUAAUAAUUGGUUUUACUUCUCACUAACCAAAUUAACCUUUCUGGAAAGUGUCUCAUCCUGGGGUUCUACAAUGGUUCUAGAAGGAUAACCACCCCCCCCAACUAUAUAUGUCAUGCUUGGUGAUGUUUUCUUUGAUCACAAUUUCUCUGCUACCUGGUUUUCAUUAUUUUUCUACAGUUCCUUUGAAAAAAUUAUAACCUUUUCUGAGGUUUUGCUUUUCUUAAGCCCUGUACAAUGGGAUCAUUAUUUCAUGACUUUGGUGCAUUCGUAGAUUCUGAAAUCAGCUCUGCACAAAUUUUUGAGAACAAAUGAGAAUUUAAAAAAUUACCUAUAUAAGCAUUUGUUUGCCCAGAUGCUUUAUGAAUGUCUUUUCAAUUAUGUCACAACUUUACAGCUUUGUUGUAGCCCUCUUUUCCUGCGCCUUAUUAUUUUCUUCUCCAGUUGAUAAAAGUAGGGGAAGCAUAGUAUGUAAGCAGAUUUCCUUCUGCUAGAAGACUUAACAUAUAUACCCACCAUGAAUGUAUGAUAAAUGCAAUUUGGCCUUCAAUUUUAGUAGCAGUUUCAUUUUAUUUUUUUCUUUUGAGACUAGAGCUUUGUGUUCUAUUUACAGUGAAGUCAUGGAUUGUAGACUUCUACUUCACAUUUUCUAGUAGGUAUAACUUGCCAGGGUUGGUGAUAUGGAACAUGAAAAUAAUGUACUGAUGAAAAUAUAUUUAAAUGUGUACUGUUAUUUGACAGUUGCAUCAUGUUUAAAUAGCUUAAGAUUUAUAGAAGUCACAUUAAUUACUUGGUCUGUAAAUAAGAAAGUCCUUAGUUUUGAUAAACAUUCUUAACUGAGCUGCAGAGUUUCUUAUUUGGUUGAUAUACUAGUAGUAUGAUUUUGGUGAAAAUUAACCAUCUGUCUCUGAAAUGGGCCAUUUAGCUUCUGUUACUUGUUUCUCAUACCCUUUUGAAGCCCUUUUCAAUGUUGCCUUGUUCAUAAGCUAAACUUCAAGAAAAAAUUUCAGGCAACAAUUUAAGAAAAAUAUAGUGUGUUACACUACUGCUUUGUAGCUACACACAUUUUAUCAGGGAAAGUUUGGAUCUAGGUUUUAUUGUUAACCGAAAAAAGAUUAAAGUAUUUUUAAUUUAUGAUUAUGAUAUAUCUUUUGCUUAGAUAGAGCUUUUUUUUUUUUGACACAGGGUCUUGCUAUGCAGUUCAGGCUGUCCUUGAACUCACUAUGC